UUUGCUCUGCUUUUUGAGUCUUGGUGGAAAGUCGUCCAAACUUAGUGACGGCUGCGCGCGCGUGUGCGCGUGCGCCUACCUAGAAUGGUCGUGGACUCACUUUUUACACGACUCACGUGACAAAUGGAAUCCGUCCGCGUUUGCAGUUUCGUUGAAGCUCUCGUCGUGACGUCAUUUUUGUCGUACUUGUUGAUUGUUCUUGUCGUGAAUGUUGCUGAUUGUUUGAGUGAUUUUGGCUGCAGCGAACGUUGAUGAGAAUCCAGCGUUUCUCGAGCUUUUGACACCAAGUCCCACAAUCAUGACCAACGUUGAAAUACAGUAGUGUCAUAGGUCCAAGUGUUCCUCAAACACAACACAGAGGUUUCAUUCCUCAGGGGUGCAUUUAAUAUUAUUGUAAGCCACUCUAGCAAUACGCAGUUUAAUGAACACUGUGCUUCUAUAUCGGCAAAUAAAACAAAUAUACUUAACUAAAGAUGAGAUUAAAUUGUAUUGCGCAAAAAAAACGUUUUAAAUAUUAGACGUUAAAUACUACUGAAUUGUACUUUUGUUUUCUUUCUCAUUUUUAAAUUCUUUUGCAUACCACUAGAGGGACCACUAGUACCCUUACCAUACUUUGAAAAUCACUGUUUUAAUUGAUUGAGCUGUCAAUUAUUUUUCAAUGAAUCAGAUAAAUCAGGAAAAAAAUGUUUUUUUUUCAAUUUCCAUCCCUUUAUUAAAAGCAAGACGUGAUUUCUAAUUGACAAAACAGAAAAUGCACAAACAUAAAUUGAUUACUAUUCAGUUCCUGGUUUGGUCCGUAGCGGCCAUCAGGAAAUCGGCAAAAAUGUCGAUGAUUGUUUUCCAAAGUAAAAGCAGAUUUUUGCAAAUGUCUUAUUUUGAAAAGAAAAAGACAAACAUAAUGGAGGACUACAGAACUCAGAAAAUAUUUCCUGUCGACACGCUGGAGUUUUUCCGCUUUGGACAAUUUGAAGUUCAACAAGGUCUCUCAACGAUCAAUCGAUGAUCCAAAUAGUUGUCAGUUUAUUUUUCAUAAUCAGUUAGUUGUCAAUGAACGGAUGAAAUGUUGCACCGCCAUUAUUGGCACUUGUCGAUGAGUCUUGAGAUUUUUGCUCCAAUUGCUUUGGAACAGCUGCCGCGCUGAUGCAAUCGCGAUCGAGUCGUUCCAUUAGUGUUUCGCGAAUGCGCGGACAAAAAAUAACCCACGACGCAUCGAUCGGGUUUUCGUCUCUAAUAUUCUUUUCUUUUAACUCGACUUGUUUUCUGAAACUGUACAACUUUUUUCUUGACUUUUUCCUCAAACUGCAACUUUCUUGGUAAUUUUAUGCACACUUUUGUUAUUUGUUAGAAGUGUACAGAUUUUGUGUUUUCAAAAAUGUCCAACUUUAUUCAACUUCAAGCAAAUGUAUUGGUCUUCCCAUAUUUUUUUCUCAAACGUCUCAAACAACUUUCUGGAAAAUGUUUCCACAAAAAUAUAUAGUGUCUUUUCCCUGUAUUAACUUUCUUCACUAUGAUUUAUUUUAUUUAUUUUUUCUCCCCCAUAAGAUAUACACCCUUCUCUCCAAAAUAUGUUUUUUGAACAUAUACAGCCUAUUUUUGGAAAUACUUUUUUCUCAAACAAGACUCAGAAAUAUACUACAAAGUUGUUUGCAAGAAUAUAAAAUGUUUCCCCCACAUGACCCUCUCCUCCCCCCCAAAAAAUAUCAUCUACAACUUUUUUGCUCUUUGAAUGUGAAUCAAUUAUUUUCAGUUAUGCGUUGGUUUUUAAAUUUUCUCAAUUUUAUGAUUUAUUCAUUAAAAAAAGAAAUACAUUUGGGUUUUUCCACUGUGCUAAAUAACCUUCAAUCUCCAUCCAUUUUCUUCACCGCUUCUCGUCACGCGGGUCGCGGCCGUGCCGGCGCCCAUCCCAGCUAUCAUCGGGCAGGAGGCGGGGUUCACCCUGAACCGGCCGCCAGCCAAUCGCAGGGCACAUAGAAACAAACAACCAUUCGUACUCACAUUCACACCUACGGGCAAUUUCGAGUCCUCAAUUAACCUAGUGUGCAUGUUUUUGGGAUGUGGGAGGAAACCGGAGCGCCCGGAGAAAACCCACCCAGGCGCGGGGAGAAGAUGCAAACUCCACACAGGCGGGGCCGGGGAUUGAACCCCGGUCCUCAGAACUGUGAGGCAGACUCUCUAACCAGUCGGUCACUGUUCCGCCUUCAAUCUACAAAUGAUCUAAAUAUACGGAGCGGACAUAUUUUUGGUCAUUUUAACACUUUGUGAGUGUUCUCUGUGAAAAGUGUUGGAUUAGAAAAACCCUCGACUUCGUUUGUUCGUUUGGCGGCAAGAUGAAUGAAUUUGGGACGUCGCGAGGUGUAGCCGGUCGACCUUUGAGGAGCACUGGGCGGGCUGCGUUUGCGGAACACGUCGCAACUUUCGUGGGGGAAAUGUCAACACGCGUGGUCGCAGUGUUUCACCCCGUCUGGCUGCUCAUCUGCCGGCGGGGCGCCGCCCGCCUCGGGGAAGUUUGCCGGCGGGGCUGUGCCGCCGUCGGGUCGCCGGCCGCCGUACUGGGCGUUGAACUCCCGCCGCUCUUUGACGUCCACCAGGUGCCCAAGGUGUUCCGCGAGGACGGCAUCCUGACCGGCUACCGCCACCCGCAGAGCUCGGCGCUGGACUGCGUGCUCAGCUGCUUCCGCUUGAACAACGAGACCGUCAACAUCUGGACGCACUUCCUGCCGACAUGGUACUUCGUGUGGAGGCUGGCCUCGCUGUGCCGCGGCACGAACUUUGCGAGCGACUGCUACACGUGGCCGCUGCUGGCGUACAUGCUGCUGGUGUGCGUGUACCCUUUGACCUCCUGCGCGGCGCACACCUUCAGCGCCAUGUCGUCCGAGUGGCGCCACAUCUGCUACUUCCUCGACUACGGCGCGCUCAGCCUCUACAGCCUGGGCACCGCGAUCUGCUACGGCUGCUACGUGAUGCCCGACGGCUGGCUGAACGGCUGGCUGCAUCGACACUUUGUGCCCAUCGCCGUGGGCAACAGCUUGCUCUGCACCAGCCUCGCCUGCUACUCACGGCCACAGCCACCAGCUGUUCCACGUGAGCGCGGUGGUGGCGACGCACUUCCAGUUGGGGGCGGUGUUGAGCGACAUGACCUCCCGCCGGGGGCGGCUAGAGGCCACGGGGGCGCCGCCCUCCCUGCCCGGCACGGCCGGCGCCGUGGCCCUCGGCCUGGUCCUCAACCUGGGCGUCGUCGCCCUCUUCGUCGCGCCGCUGCUCAGACGGUCGCCGAGGCGACCGGCGCCUAACCACGGCAAAGACCAGUGAGUCUGUUACCUAGGUAACUGCCCCCCGGUGGCAGGGAGCACCUGACAACGUUGACAAAAAAAAAACUCCUUGAAAAACAUUUGGACUGACUGGCCGCCAGUACACUUUCUGGCCACCAGUCGGUGCUGCUGAGUCAAAAAACAAACCCAAAAAAAAGGACCAGUUUGUGGAUUUUCGCAUUCUGAUGCGCAACAAUUUCGAAUCCCGCAGCUGUUGAAUUCAUUCCCUGACCAAAAAGUCUCAUCAAUCUAGUCAAAAGUAAGAACAAUAUGAAUAAUUGAGCCCCGCUUUAAAAGGUGUAUAAAUGCUUCAAUGCCAUAAGAUGGGGCCAAAGCACUACUUUUAGAUUAGCUUGAGCAAAAAAGAGCAAGCGGGUGAGUGCUUCCGUGAAAAAGAGAGGUUCCCAAAAAAAACAUCAGCAAAUAGGGGAAUCCACACAUCGCAAAUAUUUAAAACAUAAUAAAAGUGAAUAUCAAAAAAUAGUGAUGCAUACAAUACAAAAAAAAAAUACUCAAUAUUUCUUCUUGCAAAUGUGUUCAUUUUGGGCCACUGGUAAGUCAGGGUGGAAAUGUUGGCUAUUUGGAAGCGGCAGUACACUCCUCAUCCACUAGUCGGGGCCAGCGAGUUCCAUUGAUUGGUCAUUCCUGCGUUUCCCCGGCAACUGAGUUUGUUGUCUUUGCCGUCGAGAGUAGAACGUUUCGAUUUCAUGUUAUAAUAAUAAUAAUUAUUAUCCAGUGGAACUUCCGGCGAUGAUGUCAUGCUGUGGAAUUCGCACAAAAUGUCGAAUCGUUUCAGUUUAGUAUUCCUGCUUCUGAUUGGCCCAAUUUCCUAAUCAGAGUUUGUCCAAAAUGGCCGACUUGCAGUCCCGUUCGGGGUAGGCGUCCGUGAGACGUUUUUGAUUUGUGCGUCCAUUUGUGAAACUGCUGUCGGGGCUCAUUUUGUAACUUUCCAGGGGGCGCCACUGAGCCGCUUUUGGGUGUCUGCUUUUGCCACUAACACGUUUUCCUAUUUAUUGUUUUAUCAAAUGUCGAAUGUUUACGUCAGUGAGAAACGACCGUCUUGAGUUUACGUUCAAAUGUGCGAUUCGUUGAAGACCCGGAGAAUUAAAACAUUUGAAUUUGACAUAUUGUUGUGUAAAAAAAUGUGCACGAAAAUGUACAAUUUUUGCUUUAGGGGUUUUGGCCCAAACUAAGAUUUUUAAGAAUUUAAGAAACAUUAAGAAAUAUAUUCUCAGGGUUAUGAAAUCCAAUAUUUGUGUUUUUGUCUUUUUCCACUGUCGAGGAGCGCAUAAAAAUUACUCAGAUAAUUUGUGAAGUAGUCCCAGGUUUUUUUGAAGUUUUUUGUUUUGUUUUUGUUUGUUUGAAAUUAUGAAACAAAAUAUAAUUUGGGGUUCAAAUUUUUGGUUAAAUCUUAUUUGGUAUUUUUAAAAUGUUUAGCCAUCCCGAUUAAAAAAAACACUGUUGACGUUUUAUUUUUUCAUACAUACAUUUUUUUAGUCAAUCGUUAAAUGAAAAUAAUGUUGUUUUGUUUGUUUCUUUGUUUGUUUUUCUUGAAAAUACGUCAGCUACUUUGGUUUUUAGUCCAACAUGUUACUUUGGGAUUUUGGUCCAAACUUUUGUUCUUUAAGACUUUUAACAUUUAACCAACAGGAAAUAAACUGCAGCAGUGCCUUGACCUAUGACCUAAACUCAAUGCGGGACCAUGCGCUGAACUCCGACUUCAUAUUUUGCCUUUGUUGAGCGAAUGUUUUGGGGCGCUGGAAAAGUGCCAAACGAAGAAUCGCUUUUAUUUCGCAGAAGCGCCGCCGACGCUUCUGGGACUCGAAGCGAAGUUUAUGUGAGCGAUUCGAUAACUUUUUGCCACCGCGGCGUCACUCGCACUUGCGGCAAGCAAAACGCAGAUGACGCCGUUUGCGCGCAGAUGCAAAGAUUUGACACUUCUUCUCGUCUGCCGUCGUCGUUCGAAUGUGUGACGCGUCAGUCGACGAGAAGACGUGAAUUUCGGUAAACACCGAACUAACGUUUGUCAUCGUUUCAGCCGUUGUCGCCCGUUCUUUGCGCCAGCCGGAAGUUGCCCGCACGCCGGCUACCGCAUCUCAGGAAAUGCUUUCAAGACGCGUGACAAUUCCUUUGGGAAACGCGUCGCAUGUAUUCUGCACUUUCCGAGAAGGUGAAACGCACCUACCAAAAAAAAAAAAUCUUUUUUCUAUUCUUCCCAUAUUUCUUUAAUUCAUCGGCCGAAUAAUCGGAGAUCAGAAUUUCACGCUGCCAAAUAUCGGCAUCGGCCUCAAGAAAUCAGACGGGUGACGGCCGAGUUCAAAACGAGCAUAUUAGAGCACGCUUUGCAACCAAAACUUGCAGAUUCAAAGCCAAAAAGUUCCCGGAAAAAUCCACUUUGUAUUAAUAUUUGCUAAUUAUUUAUAGAUUUGACAAACACUGUUGUUGUUGUUGUUAUUAUUAUUACACAUAUGGAAUGGGUCAGUCCAUUUAGUGUCAAUAUUUCUGACUCGAUCACAGUUACCUCCUUGCAUGUAUCCUUAUACAUUUGUGUUAUAAAUAUGAAUAUUAAUUGCGGGAUGUCUUGACUGGAAAGAACCAAGAAAAUAACUAUGGGUGCUUUUUAAUGUUUUAUAUGCUCUGAAAGUUAAAAAAAAAAAAAAAAAAAAAAAAAAAACGUCGAAUGUAUAAAUAAAGACCUGUACGUGCUUUGUAUACUGUGUCAUUGAUGCACUAAAUUUGUGUAAUAAAUGCAGCUUCUUAAAAAACAAAACAAAAAAAAACA